CUUUUGCAGUCAGUUCUGUGUACGUUAUUUCUCGCAAGCAUGUUGUAAUUUAGUGAACAGGCUAAUUUAGUGAGGUUAACGUUAUAGCAACGUCACGAUUAACGUUACAAUUUAGCGUUUUUGCUUAAACGUCUCUCGUCACCAAAAUACUAUUUCCAUAUGUAUCAACAAGACGUUAUUUUCUAAGUGAUUAGCUAGUUGCAAAACAUAGUAAUAGUCUUACAUUUGUAGUUUUGUUCUGUUUUAUGUCAUCUGCCCCGCCCUGGUGUUUUCCAACUCGGCUAACAUCAACUUGCACUUCACUAUAAUGUUAACAAAGGUAACAGGCACUUCAGCUUAUUAUUAGCUUGCUGCAAGUAAGAUAGUGUAAUGGAUAUCAUUAACACCAUGGCUUUGGCCACCCUGUGUUUGUAGUGGAUGUUUUCUGAUUGACCCGAAUGUAUUUAUUUGGAAUCAGAAGUCACAGUUCCUUUCACCUCAUAUCAAGUUGUAUUCCCGUUCUCUCUUAGAUGGCGUGCUGUGAGAGUGCAGACAGUUCAAAGGGCAGCCUGGAGUCUGACUGUCAUGCUGAGUUCCCUAACUCUUGCGCUGCAGCCAUGGAGAAAGAAUACUUGAGUCCCACCGAGACCUCUACCCCCAGCCUGCAGGUGGACAUCCAGGGCUAUGAUGUGGAGUUUGAUCCACCAUUGGAGAGCAAGUAUGAGUGCCCCAUCUGCCUUAUGGCUUUGAGGUGUGCUGUGCAGACGCCUUGCGGACAUCGCUUCUGUCGCAACUGCAUAGAGAAGUCCAUCAGGGAUACAGGACAGAAGUGUCCAGUAGACAAUGAAAGGCUGGUGGAGGAGCAGCUCUUCCCUGAUAACUUCGCCAAGCGAGAGAUACUGUCCCUUACUGUCCGUUGUCCCAACAAUGGCUGCCGAGAUAAAAUGGAGCUUCGCCAUUUGGAUAACCAUGUGGCUGAAUGCAAGUUUUCCACAGUGCCCUGUCCACAGUGUCAAGAAUCCGUGCGGAAGAGCCAGCUGGAGGAGCACACCCAGGAGCAGUGCCUCCGUCGCACUGUCACCUGUCCUGACUGUCUUCAGCCUUAUGUCUUUGAGGAGAGCAAGGUUCAUGAGAUGAUUUGUCCCUUCGCCAAUGUUGUGUGUCAGUUUUGCAAUCUUGAGCUCAUUCGUGACCAGUUGGAAUCGCAUCGUAAUACGGACUGCCUCAAAGCCCCUGUAGACUGCACCUUCAGCUUCUUUGGAUGUGGAGAGAAGAUGCAGAGGAAUGAUCUGGCCCAGCACAUGCUGGAGUUUACCGGAAUGCACAUGCGCUACAUGGCCGAGUAUCUGCGCCGGCAAAGCCUGAACGGGUGCACCUCCUCAGGGCUGGAGUCCUCCCCAGAACAGAGAGGCGCCGCCCGGGGAGGGGAUCCGUGCCAGUGUGCACAGGAGCUGAAGAACAUGAGCGAGACGGUGAAGUUCCUGGAGGGCCGCCUGGUGCUGCAGGACCAGCAGCUGCGCGAGCUGACCAUCCACAACGACACGCAGACGGGCCAGCUGGCCGAGAUGCGGCGCAAGCUGGGCUCCGUGGAGGGGACGGUGCGCGAGCUGGAGUCCCAGCAGUGCCAGGGCAUCUACGUGUGGCGGGUGGAGGGUUUCUCCGCCCACCUGCGUAGCCAGGAGGCCGGGCAAGCCGUCGUUCUCCACAGCCCCGGCUUCUAUACGGGCCGGCCGGGGUACAAGCUGUGCCUCAGGCUGCACCUGCAGACGCCCAGCGCGCCCCGCUGCGCCAAUUACAUCUCCCUGUUCGUGCACACCAUGCAGGGGGAGUUUGAUAGCCAGCUGUCGUGGCCCUUCCAGGGCACCAUCCGCCUGGCCAUUCUGGACCAAGCGGAAGGGCAGCACCACGUGGAGGUGAUGGAUACCAAACCGGACCUUCAGGCAUUCCAGCGGCCCACCACUCACAAGAACUCUAAGGGCUUCGGCUACGUCACCUUCCUGCACUUGACCAUGCUGCAGCAGAGGCAGUUUGUGCGCGAUGACACCAUGCUGGUGCGCUGUGAGGCCAUGCCUCGCUUCGACCCCUACCCACGUCGAGAGGGCGUUCAGCCUCGAGGACCUGAGCCUUCUCUGUGAGAACACGCUGGCCCCGGUCACUCCAUUCUAUUACAUUCCCAACGCAGUAAGUGUUUCUUUAAAUAGGAGCACAGUGAGCUAAAGGCACUUGCUAUUGAAACCAUAAAAAUGUCUUUCUAUUUUAUUCUAGAUUAAAAACGGCCUUAACUCCAGAAAUAUGUAUGUCAACAUGGCCAUAGGGGGGGGGGGAAUAGUUGCUUCUGCCCCCAGCCUUUUAACCAUUCAUGUAAUGUAAACCAACUAUGUGUUCCCGAUUUCUGUUUUUUUAUUUUUUAGUAAUUAACUUGUUUUUUUAUUCUCCCCAAAGUGCAACGAUAUUGAACAUCAUGUUAAGUCACCAAUGUGUGACACUUUCAUUUGAGGCAUUGUGCUAGCACAAGCUUGCAAUCUUGUUUCAUUCGCCACACAAAUCGCUGUUGAAUCAGUGACACAAACUCUUGUUGAAUCCAUAGUCUGAUAGUCUGCAGAAUAAGAUUCAGUGCUUGAUUUAACUUUACAGUUUAAGCUAUUUACUUUCUCCUGACAUUCAUUUGCUUAGCAGGUUUUUCAAAAUGAUGAUCAACACUUUUAGUCAUUCUGUGACUUAUUUGAUCAAUCAGCAGCUUAACCAGCACUCAGUUCCUGGACCAAAAAAUACUCCAAUACUUUGGAAAAAGUCAACAUGACCUCAAAGACCUACAUGUCUAGAGAGGACAUUAGGCAGGUUGCUGUAGGGGUACUGCACUGGAGGUUUCUUGACUCCUGAAAUGAUCUCUAUGGUGGAAAAGGAACUGGAGUGUCGGCGUUCACCUGAGAGAUUGAUCUGAGCGGUAUUUCGCCUACUAAGAAAGACUGGCUUGGUUCCUCAGUGAAAAGAACUAGUGCAUAUAUUGCUCACACAUGCACUGACUAUCCACAAAAUGUCUCAAGUUCUCAAUUUUAUCAGUGUUUUUAAAGAUUGUUUUUACUACAUUGUAUGUGGAAUGGAAAUGUUUUUGUGCAUCCUUGCCUUCAUACGCUCGUUAGACUGGCCGUAUGGACAGAACUACUUUAAUGACACAAUGGCAAAUAUUGCUUUCCAUUGUCGCUCCCAGUUUCUAGAGGUGGAUGACUGGUAUGUGAGUUUGGAAUCCUUUCGUUGCUUUCGUCUCUUUCGAUACCCUUUUGAAUUGGGUUAGGCUCUAGAGGCUUGGAGGGUCAUGCCACUUAGCUGUCAUGUGUUUGUUGCCAUUCGUACUGAGUCUUAACAUUGACCAUUAUGACGGGAAUCAUUCCCAACUUGGCACCCUUUACAGCCCGUCAUGGAUUGCUCCGAUUGAUACAAACAUUCAGAUACUCUGUGUCCUCACCAUGACCAUGGUAUCAACGUGAUGCAGCAAAAUUCAAAUCUGCAAAUCCAAAAUAUUUUUCCUGUCCAUUGUGUCAAACCAGCAUUAUUCCUAUGGAGAAGAACUUUUCCUGGCAGGGAUGGGAAAAUGGUUGUUGGUUGUGUUGACAUGUGUUCCAUUCAGAUUCACUCUAGCCUUGCAGUGAGUGGUGAAGUCUCUCUCCUUCUUUUCCCCAGCCUCUUUCAUCUGUUACUGGUGCUUCACAACCGCAUUUGGUUCUAGAUGUUUGGUUUCAGCCGUAAAAACAAAUACCGACAAGCAUAUUGCUCCAAAAAGACAUCCUUCCUGACACAGUGCCUGGGGAUGUUCCUAUUUUCAUAAAAAAAAAAGAGUACUCUCAAAGACUAACCCCGAGAGAGAAGCCGACCUCACUGUGCAUAUGUGAAGUUUAUACUUUCUCAUGCCUUGAUGUACUCUGUCAUUCAACUUCAUAUAUAUAGUCUACUCUUGAAUGUUUUGCGCCUCAGCUGCCUAGAUUUGGAAGAAUGUUUCCACACUGUAGAGUAUUGCACAUGGUCCAACAAGCCUAUAAUAGAUGCUCCUGACCGCUAUAUCUUGUCAUGCGUUGAGCCUCAUGCAAGAACAUCUCCUUUGAUAAGAUUGUCCUAUAAUACCUUGUGAAAGCAAGUUACAAGAACUUGGGCUCAGAUUAACUUCACCAGUAAUCCUCUCUUUUGAGUAUAAUAUUGUGCUCUCCAAAGCAAAAAGAUAAUGGGACUUGGGACUACUCUGAAGAUAGCUCAGAGUUUGACUAGGCCUAUACAAAUGAAGUAGUAGUUGAGAUUAUCAAAUAAUAAUAAUAUUUUCAGUUUUUACUCUGGACUUAAAAAAGUCUGUAUUUAUUACAGACAGGUCCGGUGACAUCUAUGGAGGAGAUUUCUCUAAAUGGCAGUUAUGAUAAAGGUACAGUUUAUUGCUUUUGUAGUCGAAUAAAAAUGCUUUUAGACUUAGUUGUAAUUCUACCAUGAUUCUACUAUUGUGUACAUCUUGAUGGUCAGAUUCAGGAGAUGUAUUGCUUUUGUUCACGUGCAAUAAGCUCCAAAAAACAUCAGAGAAUACACAGUAAUAUUGGUUAGCAUCAUCCUUCCACUGUGCCUUCAGCCGUAGGCUACAGCCUUGGUGUAGGUCCUUUCAGUAUUUUUUUCAUUUUGUCUGUAUCUUCAAUUCAAUUCUAAACUAGUAAUUUAUGCUGGUCAUUGGCAAACUUCAUGUUUGUUUGUCGACAUGUCAAUAUUACACAACACCGCCUUACUAACAAGGAAUGGGAAUACAAAUAUGUUCUUACAUGAGGCCCAUUGCAUAUUGUGUGAUGUGUCUACUGUGCAUAAUGUAAGUGUACCACAGGUAGUAGUAUGUUAUUUAUGGCUCAUGGUGGGUUUUCUGUUCUUCCUAUUUCAUCUGUACUAAUGACUUUCUGUGGUGCAGCCGUGAGAUUGAUGUGAUUUUUGUACGAUGUGUUCAUGUCAUUCAAUGUUCCACAGUAGUGUACAUGUAUAUAGCUAACAUGAAUGGGGUCUGUUCUAAGAAUGAUGUGGAAACCAAUCAGAUUUCCUUGUUGAAGGUACACCUUUUGUGCACAGCUGUUUUUAUGCCUCAGUGGUUAUAAACAUCCCUCUUGUAGUUUCCAUAAAGAUGCCAAAAAUCAGUGUCCUAGAAUGUAAAUCAUUUUUCUUGCAUGAUAUAAUCCAGCAACAACCAAUCAAAAAUCAGACCAAUCAACCUUUACCAGCAUAGAAUGUUGGUCUCCUGCACUUUUUAAUGAGAAAUGAUUUCCCCCUUACAUUUACUGUGGUUCUUAUGGACUUUGCAUUCAUUUCCCCAUGUGUCUUAAUGUACUGUUGUGGAAACAGGUCUGUGUUUGUCUUUGCCUUUAUCUUUAACAACUUGAAUUUCAUAGUUUAUCUUUCAGACAGCAAAUCAUGACACUGUGCCUACACUGGAAUUGUGCUUUUGAGUUUCAUUGUUUGCUGAUGCUGAGUUAACAAUAAACUUGUUUCUUUGC